AUGAAGACGAGGUCGCAGACCACCCCGAAGCCCCUCAAUACGGUGCGGCUGCCCCCCGUAGAGAGCCCCCGCACGAGGUCGAGGCCGAAGCCGAAGCCGGAGACGCGGAAGAAGGGGACCCUCGGCGACCUCCGCCGCCCCAAGAAGCCCCCAACCGCCUUCUUCUAUUUUAUGGAGGAUUUCCGGAAAACGUUUCAGGAAGAAAAUCCAAGUGUAAAAGCAAUGCAGGAUGUAGGGAAGGCAUGUGGUGAGAAAUGGAAUAAAAUGGCAUUUGAGGAAAAGGUGAAGUAUUAUGAUCUAGCUACCGAGAGGCGUGCUGAGUUUGAGAAGGCGAUGGCUCAAUAUAACAAGAAAAAGAAUGGUGAAUUGUCCGAAGAAUCAGAGUAG